CGCUGCCCGUCUCCGUGGGAUGAGCUGUCCGCUGCCCUGCGCCGUGCUCGCACUCAUGGGACUGCUCUUCGCCAGAACGAUGGCCUGGACUUCAAGCGGGAAGACGCACCCCGAGCUUGUCAACAACCUCUACAAAAAAGGGAUAAUUAAAUCCCAGCGAGUCUUUGAUGUGCUGUUGGCUACGGACAGAGGUCACUACAUCAAAUAUUUCCCAUACAUGGAUUCUCCUCAAUCUAUCGGAUACAAGGCUACAAUCAGUGCGCCGCAUAUGCAUGCCCAUGCGCUGGAAUUGCUGAAGGAUCAGCUUGUGGAAGGUGCAAAAGCGCUGGAUGUUGGAUCUGGAAGUGGGUAUCUUACAGCUUGCUUUGCCAGGAUGAUGGGCCCAACAGGGAAAGCUGUGGGCGUAGAGCACAUUAAAGAGCUGGUACAUGAAUCCAUCAGAAACGUCCAAGAAGAUGAUCCAACUUUGCUCAGCUCUGGCCGUGUAAAGCUUGUGGUUGGAGAUGGCAGGCAGGGAUACCCCGAAGAGGCUCCUUACGACGCCAUUCACGUUGGAGCGGCAGCAGCAACUGUACCAAAGGAGUUGCUGAAUGAAUUGAAGCCAGGAGGUCGGUUAAUAUUGCCUGUUGGUCCCGAAGGCGCAAACCAAGUUCUGAUGCAGUACGACAAAACCAGCGAUGGGCAGAUCAUCGAAACGCAACUGAUGGGCGUGAUCUACGUUCCUCUGACAGAUAAGGAAAAGCAGUGGCCUCGGGAUGAAUUCUGACAGAUGGAUGGAUAUCUCUAAAGCGACCUCAGAAAGCUCAUGAAUGGGACUUAUGACUGUAGAUGGUCUGUAUGGUUUUGCUUUUUGAACGGAAGCUUUAUCAGUGGACGUGCUUGUGAGGGCAAGUUCUGCUUUAGCAGAGCUCGUUAGGGAGGGAUGGAGAGAAGGGUGUUUCCCCAGCAGCAGGGGCAGGCUCUCGGAGGCCGUGUCUGGUUCCAGACCGUGAGUGGAUCCAGAUGAGUCUAGCAGUCCUCUCUGAUAAGCUGUAGAUAACAUCUAUUCACAG